AUACUUUACAGUUUUUUACUCUUUCUUUCUUUCUCUAUAUCUCUCUUUUCUUUAUUAAAACAAAGUUUCCUUUAUCAAAUCUUUCUCUUUCUUUUGGUUUUUCUCUCUUUAAAUUUUAUCCAUCAAAAGUUUGUUUGUUGCUUUUUUCUUUUUGGUGUGUGUCAUAAAUCAAAGAAUGACAGCACCAAACAUGGCGGCGAUCACUGCAUCUCUUGAAAGGUCUCUUCAAAGUUUUUCUUUAAACCAUCAUAGCACCAUCAUCACCACAAGUGGCGCCGCCAGCCAAGAUUCUCCGACCACCCAUUGCCACCGCUCUUCGAAUUCCGACGAUGCCACGCUGGAACUCAAUUCUAAUAUUACAUUGCCUUACCAUUGGGAACAAUGCCUCGAUUUAAAGACAGGAGAAGUGUAUUACAUAAAUUGGAGAACCGGGAUGAAAACAAAGGAUGAUCCAAGAACGGUUGAUGACGGCUUUUCGGGCUAUUUUUAUAGCGAUGAUGAUGACGACGAUGAAGCAGCAGAUGAGGAAAGCUCAUACGAUGGAAGCGAGGAGGAGUCAUCGGUUGAGUCCUCACCCGCUGCUUCAUCGUCACGAAAACAAAAAGAAAAUGAGGAAGACGAAAGUAGUAGGAUAGGUGGGAACAAUGUGUUAGUAGUGGCUGGAUGUAAGGGAUGUUUCAUGUACUUCAUGGUGCCAAAACAAGUUGAGGAUUGUCCUAAAUGUUGUGGUCAACUACUACAUUUUGACCGAUCCGAUGAUAACUAAUCUUUGUUUUUUGUUUUGUGUUUUUUUUUUUUCUUUUCAUUGUUUUUGGUUGGUGGAGGGAUAAUGAAAAAGAAAAAAAAAAAAAUUAAAGAUGAAUAUCAAUCAUCUUAUUUGGGUGUUUUCUUAUGGAUCGAGGUUUCUUGUGUGGAUUUUUAAAUGAGAUUAAUUUAUGGUACUAAUUCUUUUGUGCA